AUGUCACCCCGGCGAGCUGCGAAAGCCGCCAGCGCAAACAUCGCGAAGCAGCUGGACUCAUCCGAUUCAGACGAUGAAGAGCAUUAUGGUGCACGCGUACCCACCGAGAAGAAUCGACGGCUUUCAUCUGCCAGUAGCCGUUGCCGGGCCAAGGCACAUAUAGCGACGGCGGCGGGGAGCUCGCCACGAACCCCUCGACCACUUUCUACGAAAGGCGUAACCCCUCGACCUAGAAAGCGACCGUUGGCACCUUCGGGCUCGGAUGUUGAAGAUCUGACGCGUGAACCGUUAGCACAACCUUUCCCGGUAUUUGAGGAGAGCCCGGCACGUAAAAAGCAGAAAUUGCCACUGACAGACACGGAGGAUCACCACUCGAGACCUCUUUCUGUUCGGAACGCGGAAGAUGUGGACGAGGAGUUGCCUGACCCUACCUCUGCGUUUAGCCGCAUGAAUUAUUCAGUUAGAGCGACAUGUUCGACUGAGGGUACAACACCAGAAACACUACUGGAAGGCUCCCUCGACACUGAGGAUGCCUACGAAGAGCAAUUUUGGGAGCCUCCGGAAGCAGACCCUUGUAUAAAGAUUCCCGGGGAGCCUAUCCUCGCGCAGACAAAAAAGGGAGACGUGUAUUGGCCUGCUAUGGUACUCGACUACAUACCGCCGCGCGAACGUAAUGAGAAGGAGGGCAAAUACCGCGUCCUUUUCCUUGAUAACGCAGAGCGUUGUAUUCACCGAGCACGUUUCUACAUUGCGGAAGACGAUGAAUUCGGCACUUGCAAGCUUGGGCAGUUCACUAGUCAAUUUAAUGAAGUUGAGGCGGACGAAGACUUCGUAGCCAGUCCUAUUCAACAAACAGGCCAUCGACCGUCAAGUCCCGUACCCACCGACCCUCCGCCUUCGAGUUCAGAGUUUUAUGAACUUUCGGUCCAUGAGCAACUUUCGUAUACAAAGCCGAUCCUCCAGGCCAUUCUUAUGGGGACAUAUACUCCUGCUGCUGAACGCCACAACGGCUUCAUUGCUGGGGGGAACGCCCGUGACAUAGUUGUGCAGAACGCUGCGAUGCGGGGGGACAUGGAUCCGAGGGACGUCUCCGAACUCCAGAAUCGACUGAUGGAGUGGUGCUUAAGGGAUGAGAGAUAUGCGAGAAGGAUGGAAGGCGAUGCAGUCGUUCUAACCGAACCGCCAAUCAAACCUCGAUCGCACCAAGACGCGCCAGCACUUGCCCAAGAGGGGCUUCCUCCAAAUCCAAAGAUGACCAUUGCGGUUGAUCGGGAGGUAUCGCCCGCCAUGACGCUAGCAUCUACGCCCCCAACAGAACCUCCUUCUUCGCAGCUUAGCGUUGUUUCGACGAUUGAAACGGUGCAUAUUGAAGAUCCUAGAAAGUCGCUUCUAGAUGUAGUAGCUCACACAGACCCUCCUCGCCAACGUGGUUGCCCUCAAUAUGAAGCCUUAUCUGCGCGUGAAAAGAUUGAAUAUUGCCUCAACGUUCUCCUGCCCGAAUCUAUCAUCCAGAUAUUUCUCUGGAAAUCCGGAGAUCGCAAGUGCAUUUCCCUCCGAUCUCCCGAAGAGGAGGCAGCACUCCAUACCGUAGGCGAAGAAAUGCGCGCAAAGCGGGAUUGGGUGUUUGACGUGAUGCGAUUGCGGGACAUGCACGAACAUCGGCGUGGGGUCAAACGGAAGAGGCCCGUUCCCGAAAAAGACGCGGUUGUAGAAGGGACUGGCACUAGGACCAGGCUGAGGACGAGGAAGAGCAUACCAUAA